UGGUGCUAAACACGUAACGACUCUGAGCCGCCCGUUGUCUACCCGUGUUGUUCUCCGGGCGGAGUUUGGCUUCAGUCCUCAAGACAAAGACCAGUUACUGACCGGUGGACGCUUACUAUACGGAUACAAUAUAUGACGAAGGGUCUGUUUGCUGCAAAGCCUCAGGAUCUGCACCAUACAAGGGAACCACCAGCUGUGCCCAGUUGCUUUAUGGUUUACAUUUCUGUCCCCAGCGGGCAGGCUUUGCUCCAAUAGCAAACAGCAUCUGCAGACAGGACCUGCCCUUACUUAAUCUCAACUGCUCUUGCAAACAUUUGCCUGGAAUUUCAAAAGAGUUUCAAAACCAAUUGGUGGUGAAAUAAUGAUAUUCAUUGCCCAUGAAGGCGACGGCAGGAUGGUCACUUGUACUUUUGUUGGUUCUCUCUUCAGUAUCAGGAACUCCAUCCCGUAGUUAUCUUGAUGAAGUCCUUUUUCUGACAAAAGAUAAAGGCCACUUGGGGUCGGGACGUUUAUUGCUACACCUCCUCUGCCCCCUGAUAUUAACUAUUUGAUAGACUUCAUCUGCCUCCUGACUUCAAGAUGGAGCUCUUCUUCAACCCUUUUGACAAUUUGGUGUGUAUCCUGCUGGGCAUCUCCCUCACCGUGUGGUUCACCCUGCUGCUGGUCUUCAUCAUCGUGCCUGCCAUCUUUGGGGUGUCCUUUGGCAUCCGGCGUCUUUACAUGAAAACGUUAUUAAAGCUCUUUGAGUGGGCCACACUUAGGAUAGAGAGAGGAGCGAAAGAAAAUAACCACCACUUGCACAAACCCUACUCGAAUGCUAUCAUUGCCAAGGAGCCCACCUCCUUGGAGGAGGAGAUUAAGGAGAUCAGGAGGAGCGGCAGCAACAAGGACCUGGACUCAGCCUCCGAGUUUGAGAUGUCUGACAUCUUCUACUUUGCUCGGAGAGGGGUGGCGAGCAUCAUGGACGAUGAGGUGACGAAGCGGUUCUCUGCUGAGGAGUUGGAGUCCUGGAACCUGUUGACUCGCAGCAACAACAACUUCCACUACAUCAGCCUGAGGCUCACCGUGCUGUGGGGGCUGGGCCUGGUGUUCCGCUACAGCUUCCUGCUGCCUCUCAGGGUAACUCUUGCCUUCACUGGUGUAGGCCUCCUUGUGUUCCUCACCUGUGUUAUCGGGCUGCUGCCCAAUGGAAGGUUGAAAAACUUUCUGAGUGAGAAAGUCCAUCUGAUGUGCUACAGAAUAUGUGUCAGAGCUCUGACUGCCAUCAUAACCUACCAUGACAGUGAGAACAAACCCAAGAAGGGAGGCAUCUGUGUCGCCAACCACACCUCACCCAUUGAUGUCAUCAUCCUGGCCAGCGAUGGCUGCUAUGCUAUGGUUGGCCAGAUUCAUGGCGGCUUGAUGGGGGUUAUUCAGAGAUCUAUGGUCAAGGCCUGCCCGCACAUUUGGUUCGAACGCUCAGAAGUCAAAGACCGACAUCUAGUGGCCAAAAGAUUGAGUGACCAUUUAGAAGUUAAAACUAAACUUCCAAUUCUAAUUUUCCCAGAAGGGACCUGCAUCAACAACACGUCAGUUAUGAUGUUUAAGAAAGGCAGCUUUGAAAUUGGUGGCACUGUCUACCCUGUGGCCAUUAAGUACGACCCUCGAUUUGGAGACGCCUUCUGGAACAGCAGCAAGUUUGGUAUGGUCAGCUACCUGUUGCGUAUGAUGAGCAGCUGGGCCAUCGUCUGCAGUGUGUGGUACCUCCCCCCCAUGUCCAGAGAGGAGGAUGAGGAUGCUGUUCAGUUUGCCAACCGUGUAAAGGCAGCUAUCGCCAGGCAAGGAGGACUGGUCGACCUCCUGUGGGAUGGAGGCUUGAAACGAGGCAAGGUAAAAGAAACCUUUAAGGAGGAGCAGCAGAAGCUGUACAGUAAGAUGCUGGUGGGGACCCAGGAGGACCGCAGCCGCUCCUGAAGGACCUCUGGAGGAGGACUGGCUCACUUCGGCUCCUCUGACUAACUCGGCAGUCAGCAAGGCUCCUCGCUACUGGAGCUCUUGGACUGGACAAUUCCCUCUCUGAUGUCAACAGUACUCCAUUUGGCUUCCUCGGUCACUGCCUCAGACGGGCGUGUUCAGUCUGCGUCGCUCUUACGGGUCACUCUGAGUCCGCUGCCCUUCGUUGGAAUAGCUUGACUGAAGCCUGGCUUGCAUUAGAAUGAAAUUAUGGUGCGAACACAAAAGAAGCGUCGUCUUCCAUGUUGGCAGUCUUUUGAGGGAAAACUUGUAUUUUUUAUCUUUAACUGAGUUCCUGUACUUUUUUUUUGGUAGUUUCAACAUUUUAAUUUUACCGUCAUGUUCGUCCCACACUAUGUUAACGUUACAGAGCUCAUCCACACCUGGGACAUAGAAGACAGUUACUGUCUAGUCUGUUCUGAUGCUAAAACCUGUGACUGAGUUUGGGUUUCGCAUGACUGGCCUCUGCCCGUGAUUUAGGGCAUAAUGCCAGCUUUUGUUACAUUUCAAAUAUUUGUAUGGGCUUUUUCCAAGAGAGAAUAACUUGGGUUUUAAGCUCUGUGUUUUACAUUAAGACUUGUAUCAACACAUGUGGUCACUAUAUGAGUUACAUUGCAGAUAAGCUCUUGGUAUGUUAUCUGUUUCUGUGUUUCUUCCAUGGAAUGUGUAAAUGAUCACAUUAUGAAAUGAAAUUGUGUACCUACAGUUACUCUGAUGAAGGUUCAUGGAUUAAGGGAGAUUUUUCCAAAUGUUCUCGGGCAAAAUGCAGCAUACCUAACUGGAGAAAAAGGUUUUAUAGUCAAUUCAUUGUCCCUUUAAGGACCAUUGCACACAAGUAUGUAGGAUAAUUCACAAUUUGUCUCUUGACUAAAAACACAUUAAUACACUUCCUAACAGGCAUCAUGUUCUACCGUAGCUUCCUGCCUGUGCAGUGGCCAUCUUGCCUAAUUUAUUUUAAGUGAACACUAAAAGUUAUUGUCUUAAUUUUCUCCCACAUCAGUGGUCUUUCUCCUGUUUGGCAGCCUCCCUGCGGAGAGUGCAGCUGUAGUUUGGACUCCCUGUACGGCUCCAUGUGAGGGACUCGGGGACCUCGGGGGUUUCUCCCUGAGGCCCCGAUCCCUUUUGUUUACUGUGAUCGGGAACAGUUCUCUAGUGUUACAUCUGUUCAUCAAAUAAAUGUGCAAGAAUGUGUCUCUAC